AAGUAGCUGGAAAUGUUUACAUGCAAGGUAUAUCUGAUAAUGUGUAAAUAUUUAUAUUGGAGUAAGUUUUGCCUAUAUGUGUCUUGGCAAAACUAGCGAAACAAAGUUUAAAGAUAAAUUAUGCCGUUCUGUUUUAGCUUUAUUGAUUUCUCUUAAAAUUACUAUUAACUAGAAAGAAGUUAUAUGAUUUUUCUUACGGUUUAAUCAGAAUUACGGGUGAAAGUCCUGCCCAAAUUAUGAAUUUGAGAAAAGUAUGUUAGAAAAUAAAUAUCUGUUUUGUGAGUUUAUUGUGUUUCAAAAACAAUUUUUCUUGCUGUUAUGGCGAAAACUAAAAUAAAUUCUAUUCUAGAUUUAAUUUUCUUCACGAGUGAGGAAAAAUUAAAAGGUUUCGUUAAGUUUGAUGCAUUUAAUUAGAUCAGAUAAUGAGAAAACCAGCAUUUGCAUUUUACAUGGGGGUAUUGUUCAUCACAGUACCUUUUUUCACUAUAUUUAUUUUACUGAAUGGACCUGAUUUGUCUGAAGAACAUGUUUUAAAUAAAAAAAUUGUUGAAUUGUAUGCAAGAUUAAAGCAUGCUGAAAUGCUCAAUUUGGAAAGACGAAGUGAUAUCUUUACUCUCAGGAAGCAUUUUGGCACUUUAUUAAAUGCAGCUAGUAGUAAGACUGAUUCUGCCAAUAAUUCAUUAUCUCUUAAUUCUCUAUUGAGGGAUUCUCAACAGUUUUUAGCAGGCAUUCAAGGUGGUGUGGAUCUGCAACUACCAUCAAUUCAUCACUUUUUACCUCAUUUACUCAGUUCUUCUGAUAGCUUAUCUCCUGCAAUAAAGUUAUCUAGAGGAAGAAGUGCUGUUACUAUGGUGCUGGGAGUUCCAACUGUUAAGAGAGAUGUUCAGAGUUACUUGAUGUCAACUUUACAAAAUCUUAUUGAAAAUAUGUCACCAGAAGAAAGAGAUGAUGCAGUUAUCAUAGUUUUUAUUGCUGAGACAGAUUUAGAAUAUGUUACUCGACAAGCGGCUGAAAUUGAGAAUAACUUUUCUGAGCAUAUAAAUUCAGGUUUAUUAGAAGUAAUUGCACCCCCUGCAUCAUACUAUCCUGAUUUGAAUAAGCUGAGGCAGACAUUAGGAGAUCCUUUAGAACGAGUUAAAUGGAGAACGAAGCAAAAUUUAGACUUUUCUUACCUUAUGAUGUAUGCUCAACCUAAAGGAAUGUUUUAUGUGCAAUUAGAGGAUGAUAUAUUAUCAAAGCCUGCAUAUAUUGAUACAAUGAAAAAAUUUGCCUACAAGCAAAUUAGUGAAAAAAGAGAGUGGAUUAUUCUUGAUUUUUGUCAACUUGGCUUUAUUGGAAAAAUGUUUAAGUGUGUUGAUCUAUCAACACUUAUCACAUUUUUUGUUAUCUUUCAUAAUGAUAAACCAGUUGAUUGGCUUUUGGAUCAUGUUGUACAAACCAAAGUGUGUCGUUUUGAUAAAGAUGCAAAAGAUUGUAAGAAAAGAAAAGACCAAGUUUGGCUUCAUUUCAAGCCAUCAUUGUUUCAACAUGUUGGGACACACUCCUCUUUGAAAGGAAAAGUUCAAAAAUUGAAGGAUAAGCAAUUCGGAAAGCUGUCUCUUCAUCAUCCACAUCAGAAUCCGGAAGCAGAAGUCAAGACAACAUUAAAAUCUUAUAAAGGUUAUACAGCAGCCCGAGCUUACAAAGGCGAUACCUUUUUUUGGAGCUUACUUCCACAACCUGGCGAUAUUUUAGCAUUUCAUUUUCGUAGUCCAAUAACAAUUGAAAGAUUUCUAUUCAGAAGUGGGAAUGCUGAACAUCCUGAUGACAAAUUUUUAAAUACUACUGUUGAAGUUUUACCAGUAUCAUAUUCUGAUGAUCAGCAUUAUACCAAAACUGCAGAUGGUUAUUUAAUUGUUGGAAGUUUUAAAGAACCAUCUGGUAUCGCGGAGGGUAAUGUAAGUACUUCAGUUGGUCCUGUUAAAAUUAUGAGGCUUUAUGUGCACAGUGAAAGUGAGAGAUGGGCCAUUUUAAGUGAAAUUCACAUCCAGCCUGUAGAAAGCAAAUUAGGUAUUUUUGGACGGUGACAGAAAAAUAUAGCUCUGUUGCCUAUUUUGCUACAUGAGCUGUUUACAAUUUGUUCCUUAUUGACGUGCCUUAAUGUGAGAACUCUAGAAAAACUCUUAACAGUUUCAAAGAAGAAGUGAUAACACACAUACAGAAUGCAUAUUUGAAAUUUAAGAUAGUGCACUGUAUUCUUUAUUUAUAGUGAUAAAUAUUGUUUUCAUGUUUUUCUUUACAUUUCAUAAAUGUAAAGGUUAAGGUAAAAAGUUUAUAAAUCAACAAUAGUACUGUUUGCUAUAAAUCACAAUAUAAAAUAGCAGAUAAAAAAAAAUCUCAUACUUUAAUUUAAAAAGUAUAUUUCCUAUUUUAGUGUUAUUUUUUUUAAUGUGAUGUAAUUUAUAAGUUUUUUUGUAUACUAUUAUAUUCACUAUAAAAUACCAAUGUAUUACAUAGUUGACAAAUAUGUAUCAAAUAAGUUUUUAUUAUAUUUUUAUGUGACUGCUAGAUUAAUUAUAUUUGAUAUUUUUGUUACUUUAUGUUUUGAUUUUUCUAAAUGUGUGUUGCUUAACAGUGCAAGAGUAUUGUAAAGUUAUCAGAAUUGUUUAUCUAAUAGCAUGAAAUUAUAUGUACUGCUUUAGUUUCAAAUAGUGUCAUAUAUUCACUUAAAUUUUUUUUUCUUUUCUGCUUUUAUUUUUAAUGAGAUUAUUCUGCAAGUUUUAAGCUAAUAUCAAGGCAUUUUAAGUUUAAAAGUAUUAAGCAUGUUACUGUAAAAUAAGCAGCUCAAAGCAAACCUUUUUUUUAAAAUUAAUAUAACUUAUUAUUCAUACUUGAAAGUUUGAAAGAAAAAUUUUUUAUUUUCCCAGAGUAAAAGCAUUUUGGAAAUGACCUAUUUUUUAUCUUAAAAAAAUAACAAGUGUUAAAUACCUAAAUAGUAUUUUAUUUACAGAUCAGUUCUUAAUAUUAUUCUGUUUCCAGGAAAUAUUGUUGUUGACUACUCGCAGUUUUGCAAGUUUGCUGUUACUAUAUAUGCUGUCUGAUUUUUUUUUUUUAAUUGUCAGACAGUUAUUUUCUAAGGUGCUUUUAAGUUACAGGAUCAGGAAUUAAUAAUUGUUCUGUAAUAAAAUUAUUUACAUCCUAUUCUUUUCAGUUUUUCAUUUGUUAGAUUCUCAUGAAGUCAAAAUCUUUUGUGAAAUAAUAGACAAAUUGUUUUUCAAACAGUUUUAAUUUAUUGUUUUCUAUUUUUUUAAAAACUUUUUAUAUGUAAUAACUAUCAAAUGAGAGUAGUAGCUUUUAAUAUUUGACAUGGUCUGUUACUAAAAUUUAUAAAUAAAAAAAAUGAUUUCAUGUUUUCUUACUCUCAAUGUUAAUGAUGUAGAAUAGCAUUUUUUUUUGUUUGUUUUGUUUUUAAGUUUUUCUUGAACAAUUUUUUAUCGCACAUAAAUCAGUUUUGAUUACAAGCUAAUUACAUCACAAAUAAUGUCUGAUCUAAAAAGUUUUAGAGAAUCAGUAUGCACUAAAGUGUUAUAUGCAUGUUAUAAUAAUCUUAUCCUGAAAUUCAUUUGAUCUUAUGUACUUUUUUAAACUCAAGUGCCUUUUAAAAAUAAAAAAUAGUUUGUUGCAA